AUGGAUGUUUGUCAAGAAGUUGCAAAGGCAUUAUUUUUCGAAGGAGCCACUUGCUUUUGCUUAAAUUUACCGCAUGGAUCAGAAUUUGGAAUCGACAACAAAUCAUUUACGACAGCAGAAAAAUUUUGCGGUAUGAAAAUGAUACCGCCCGGUAUACAUUUUAUACACUACAGUAUUGAAAAUUCAUACGGUGAUCAAUCGCCGAAAAUAGGAUUUUUUCACAAUUUUAAAAAGAAAGAAGUAAUUGUGAAAAAAUACGAUAAAGAAAAGGAAAUUUUAAUUGAUGAAGAAGAUGAAGAAAAAAUCGAAAGGCUUAAAGAUAAUUUAAAAUCUAUGGACAGACAUUUAGGGCCUUAUCCAUAUGAAAUUUUAAACAGAUGGAAAAAUUUAUCAAAUUACAUUACAGAUGAUAUACUUAAUAAAAUGAUUCCAUUAAAUGGAAGAAUUCAUUCAGCAUUAGAACUCAAAGCUGCAACUGAUUCCAAUUCAAAACCUCAAUCGUUAGAAACUUAUAAAAGAAAUAGAACAAAACUUUUUGUAUGCGAUGAAAAAAGUGAUGAUUUUCUACCAAAGCUUGAACCUGCCGAAGGUACAGAAAUAAGAUUUUCGAAAAUUCCUGAAAAGUGUUAUCCGGAUAAUUCAACUCCCACAUUCGAACAUUGGAAAAAAUUAAUAGGAAUAAUGUGUUCAUGCGAUAAUGCCAUAUCGGAAAAUUCAGAUGUAUUUACAAAAUUUAUUACAGUAUUAACAUAUCAACUUCAAGAAAUUCAAGAAGAUUUUUUAGUCGAUAUUGUCGAAGGUAAUAAUUUUGUUUAUAGAAACUUGAGGAUAUUUUUUAGAAAUUUACACUCUAGUGAUGCAAAUGGUAGAUUAAAAGCUAAAGGUGAAAGAUUUCAAGAAUUUUUGACAAAAAAGUGGCUUUGGGAUUUCAGCGAUAUUCUCAAAGACGAGGAAGAAGAUUUACCCGUUGUUGUCAACUUGUAA